GGAGAACUUCCUAACCAUUCACAGUCCUGGACACGCUUACAAAAAGAAGGCUCCUAGCAUUUUAUUCUCUGUUCUUAAACUAUGAAAUUAAGGAAAGAUCUCCACCUUCCCUAAGAAGCAGAAGUAUUUUAUGAAAGGAAAUCCAGUGAUCAAAAUGAAAACUCUCCUUUGGGCAAUGAUUCAACUGGUUUUCUUAUCAUCAACAACUCUGAGUCAAAGUGGUACAUAUCAUGCCCCUAACGAUGCUGGAGAACCAACCGUAGGUAUCAAGACCUUUCGAGGUGCCCCCCAAAGUUCCUAUGAAAAAUUUCCUGAUUUUGUUAUAGAAGGGUGGACUGGAACUACUCCAACUGAAGAGAAGUGUGCUAUGGAUAAAUCAAGUGUUGUUACCCUUCGUGUAAACAAUAACACCAUAGGCUAUCUGACGAGCUCCCUAAGCACCAAGCUAAUACCUGCUAUAUACAUAGUGGUAUUCUCAGUGGGUGUGUCAGCCAACACAGCAACCCUGUGGAUGCUUUACUUCCAGACCAAGUCUAUCUCAAUGAACAUCUUCUACAUUAACUUGGCUGUGGCAGAUCUCCUCUUUUGUAUCACACUUCCCUUUAAGAUAGCCUAUCAUCUCCAUGGAAAUAACUGGCUCUUUGGAGAAGCCAUGUGCCGUAUGACCACUGCUGUUUUCUAUGGCAACAUGUAUUGCACCACUCUGCUCCUUGCCUGCAUCAGCAUCAGCCGCUACCUGGCCAUUGUUCACCCUUUCACCUAUCGUGGGCUCCCAAAGCGCACUUAUGCAAUGCUCGCUUGUGGCCUGGUGUGGGCCACUCUUUUCUUAUAUAUGGUGCCACUCUUCAUAACAAAGCAAGUAUAUUACCUGGACCAACUUGGGAUCUAUACUUGUCAUGAUGUACAUAACACCUGUGAGAUGAUGUCACCCUUCCAUCUCUACUACUUCAUCUCUCUGGCCUUUGUUGGAUUUGUAAUUCCACUUGUUGUCAUUAUCUUCUGUUACACAUCCAUCAUCCGGACACUUAAGGCCUAUGAUCAGAAAUGGUUCUGGUAUAUUAAAGUGAGUCUCCUCAUCCUAGUGAUUUUUGCUAUUUGUUUCACGCCAAGCAACAUAUUACUUAUUACUCACCAUGUGAACUACUACAACAACAACAUAGAUGACUUAUAUUUUUCCUAUCUCAUCGCAUUGUGCCUGGGCAGCCUGAACAGUUGCCUAGAUCCAUUCCUCUACUUUCUAAUGUCCAAAAUCACAGAUCGGUCCAGUGCCUACCUGACAAUCGUCAAGACAUCUUAGAGACCAGUAAGGAAAGAAAACACCUACACGUCUGUGAUACUGAGAUACGUAUUCCUAAGAAGUUCUGUUCUAUGUUUUCAUCUUAUGAGGUACAGAGGUAAAAAUAUAUGUAGGCUGCAGUUUCUGUAUUACGCAUACACACAAGUCUGGCAAAAGCUAGCAUUUUGUUAGACAUAUGUUUUCAGUAUGUAUUCAAAGUCCAUUAGUGCAAUGAUGAUAUUUAAAGGAAAAUCUACAGCCAACUCUGUCAAUAAUAAAAUUCAUAUGCAUGUGAGAAAUAAGAAGAUUCAUUUAGUUCAUACUAAAGUGAAUGAUUACUGGCAUUGGGAAGGAUAGACCCAUCAUUAUUAACGUAUGUUUUUGGUGUUCCUUCAGAGAGGCUGAAGAAGUCCCUUCUUGUCUGUCCUACCUGCACAAAGUCACCUUAUUUUUUAAAAAGUUGUAUUUUCCUAUUCUUGUACAUGGUAUUCUGAACAAAUGAUUUUAGCUUUUCCAAAUAUAAAAAAAAAUUUCCAUGGAGAUUAAUAUGGAGUCCUAUAUAAACAGAUUUUAGGUUUUACUGAAUUUUCAUUGUGGGAAGGAGAGAAAAAUAUUGGAUCUGACAUGGCAGUGUAGCUAUUUAAGUCCAUAAAGUCAGGGCUUGAAAAAUGUAUCAGGCUCAAUAAAAAUAAUCAAGCUCUAAUAUAGGCUAAAUUAGGUAUUGGCUUGAUUAGCAAGUAUUCUCUCCUAGUUAGGAUCACAGACUCUUAGGAUUAAAAAAAAAAAUUCACAGACAAGCUCGUUCAACUCACACUGAAACAAACAAAAAAACACAUUCAUUUCAGUAUUUCCAGUAAGUUGCCAUUAAAGCUUUGACAAAAGAUUUCCAGCAAAAGGCAACUUACUACACUCUACUUUUAGACUGCUGUAAUUGUUAGGAAGUUUUCCCUUCAGUAUUUUGUUUAAUGGGGAAACUUUUUGUGAAAAAAUCUCAAAUAAAUAUUUCCUACAGAUAUGAUAUAUAGCUGGAAGUUGGGACAUAAAUAGUAAACCCGGGCAUUAGGGGAUAUACACUAGAACAAGUGAACAUAAAGAGGCUAAGACAAAUUUGCAGCACUAAAGAUGUCUGAAAGUGGAAACAAGCAUGUAAUAAUAUGCAAUAUGUAUUAUAUAACUAAGGAUAAACUAAGGAAAUUUUGACUUGUAUAUAUUUGUGAACCUGUAAAUUAUUUUUGACUUUUACAUAUGUAUUUCACUAGCAAGCAAAAACAUCCGAAUGCUAUUGGGAGGACGGUAUUUUAUACCCAGAGUCCCAGUGUACUCUGAACUUUUCACUCUAUUAUCAUAAACACCAUUUUCCUGAAAAUAUCAUUUAACCUAAAAUGUCUAUUUUAACUCCCUCAAAUAAAUUCAUACAUGUAA